UUAGGAAACAUAAUUUCACGCCGGUUGAAGAACAUAUCCUUAUAAGAUGCUGGCCUCGUCUAUCAUUAAAUAUUUACCAGUUUUGAGACCUGUUACUGGAGGGAAUGUCUACCGAUGUUUCGCUGUGUCUCAAACCAGAAACUAUUCCAGCACACCUGACAAUGACCUGGUAGUGAUAGGCUCUGGACCCGGAGGAUAUGUAGCUGCCAUUAAGGCAGCACAGCUGGGGAUGAAAACAGUAUGUGUGGAGAAAAAUGACACCCUGGGUGGUACCUGUCUCAAUGUUGGAUGUAUUCCAUCGAAGGCUUUACUCAAUAAUUCGCAUUUCUACCAUAUGGCAAAGUCGAACGAUCUCAACAACAGAGGGAUAGUCUGCGACAAUGUGACAUUAGAUUUAGAUAAAAUGAUGGAACAGAAGGACAAGGCAGUGUCAGCUCUCACAGGAGGAAUUGCUCAUCUCUUCAAACAAAAUAAAGUAACACAUGCCAAAGGAUUUGGUAAGAUAUCAGGUCCCAAUGAGGUCACAGUGGUCAAGGACGAUGGUACAGAGGAAAAAAUCUCAACAAAGAAUAUAUUGAUAGCUACAGGUUCUGAAGUGACACCCUUUCCUGGUAUAGAGAUUGAUGAAGAAAGUGUUGUUUCAUCCACUGGAGCUUUAUCCCUGAAGAAAGUGCCAGAAAAAAUGGUGGUGAUUGGAGCUGGAGUUAUUGGUGUAGAACUGGGUUCUGUGUGGCAGAGAUUGGGAGCACAGGUGACAUGUGUUGAAUUUCUAGGCCAUGUAGGAGGAAUGGGAAUAGAUAUGGAAAUAUCAAAGAACUUUCAGCGUAUUCUUCAAAAACAAGGUUUAAAAUUCAAACUGGGCACAAAAGUGACAACAGCAACCAAAGAAGGAGACAAUAUUAAAGUGGCUAUAGAAAAUGUGAAAUCAGGAAAAGCAGAAGAGAUAGACUGUGAUACAUUGCUUGUGUGUAUUGGACGUCGUCCUUACACAAAUAACCUUGGACUGGACACUGUUGGACUCCAGCUGGACAACCGUGGCAGAUUACAGGUCAACUCUCGCUUCCAAACAGAUGUUCCAAGUAUAUUUGCCAUUGGAGAUUGUAUUCAUGGUCCAAUGUUAGCUCACAAGGCUGAAGAUGAAGGUAUCAUCUGUGUGGAGGGUAUGAAUGGCGGAGCAGUUCACAUUGAUUACAACUGUGUUCCCUCUGUUAUCUACACACAUCCUGAGGUCGCUUGGGUUGGCAAGAAUGAGGAGCAGUUGAAGGAGGAGGGAGUAAGUUACAAAGUUGGUAAGUUCCCUCUAGCAGCUAACAGUCGAGCAAAGACAAAUGCUGAUGCUGAUGGUCUAGUGAAGGUUCUCGCUGACAAAGACACAGACAGACUGCUGGGUGUUCACUUCAUAGGAUCUGUUGCUGGAGAAUUAAUUAAUGAAGCUGUAUUAGCUAUGGAGUACGGAGCUUCAUGUGAAGACAUUGCACGUGUCUGCCACGCCCAUCCGACGGUAGCUGAAGCCUUAAGGGAAGCCAACUUAGCAGCAUAUGCAGGAAAGGCCAUCAACUUCUAAUUAGAAAGAACAUUUAAGUAAAUUGAUGAUCCAAGAAACACUGCAGCCUGUGAAGAAAUUGACAUUUAUAUGGAAUUAGAUUUGGAUCUAGUGUAACAACUCAUAAAAUGCAAGCAUUUGGGAUGGUUGUAGAAUACAGCCGUUCGAACCAUUCAAUAGUGUUGGCUGACAAGCAGUCCUAACAUUAUCUCCCUGCAUUGUAAUUCAUUCAAUGAAGCAUACAAGUUAUACAACUCUUCUUAGCAUGUUCAGUAUCUGUACUGGAAAAUUAAUUUCUCCAGUCCUGACUGGUAUGGAACCCAUGUUUUGAUAAAGAAAUACUAAUAGCAGCUUCUAGGUAAGCUUCACAAAUGCAUGUUCAGGUGCAUUGUAGUAAAGGGGUUGGGGUGGUUUAACACUUUUUUUGAAGAUCUGAAUUUGAUCAGGGAUUAGUGCUUUAUGAAGAAAGAAGUGUGAGUGAUCUAUCCUUAAGUUAUAUUUACUCGGUACAAUUUUGUCCGAACUGUACAGUUUUAUGUUUCAUAUGUGUAAUAUGUAAAAAAAAAAAAAAGACAAAAAUUAAAUAAUAAUUUUAACUAACA